AUGGAGGAAGCGAAAACACUCAUCCGGACCGCAGUCCGCACCUUCUUUAAUCAGCCCAGGCAAAUCCUGAUCGUCGAUGCGCUCAUGCUUCAUUCAGUCCUCGGAAUGGAUGAUCUAUCCGUCCUUCUCUCCGCCCAGCCGAAAGACAUCCGCAGCAUUAUGGGCCCUCUGCGCGUCGCCCGCCUCGUUCAGACACACUCUCGCAUGGAAGUCAGAGUCGGGUCUCAGCGCGGAAGUCCCCGAGAAUACUACUACUGUCCCUUUCAUCCUGCGAUCGACGCCAUCAAGUAUCGUAUUGCCAAACUCCGUAAGAAAGUGGAAGCUCUGUACCAGCAAGACGAGACGAAGCGGAAAGACUGGCGCUGUCCGCGCUGCAAAGCCGAGUACGAAGAGCUAGAAAUCCUAGACAAGAUCGGAGAUGAAGGUUUCUACUGCGACCGGUGCGGCGCCACAUUGGUACAGAAUCCAAGAGCGGCCGAAGAGAAAGGCAACCACGAGAAGAUCCGACGACUGAACGACCAGCUCAAGAAGUUCGACGACAUGAUGCUCAAGAUCGACCGAAAAGACAUUCCAGAAAACGAUUUCCAGUCGGCCUGGGACAGGAAGAAAGACGUACCGCGAGAGCGGGGUGGGAAGGAACAAGGCCAAUACAUAGAGCUUAAGCGGGACAACAAGAAUCUGAAGAAGGGCCCGGAGAUGGUCAAGGUCGAGAACUUGGCGGUCAAUCUGACGAGUGGCGCGCAGCAGGCCCGAGAAGAAGCAGAGCGUGAAGAAGAGAGGAAGAGGUUACUGGCCAAACAGAAUCAAUUGCCGGCAUGGCACACGAACAGCGCAAUUGGUCCCGUCAACGGCGCUGCGACAAGCGUAAAGGUGGAAACGGCCGAGGCGGACGGAGUCACGCCUAAAAAGGAGGAAGACGAAGACGAAGACAAGAAGCCACAUGUCGUAACUACAACGGCCAGCUCGAUUCUGCAGGAUGAAGUCGCCGCGUACAUGGCGGAGAUGGAACGUGAGCGGCUUGAGGCGGAGAAGCGUGCCAAGGAGGAAGACGAGGAGGAAGACGAGGACCUGGAGUUCGAAGACGUCGAUGUCGCGGGCGCGAGCAAUGUAGGCACACCGACGACUGCAAUGGAUCUGAAGCCUGCCAACGGGCUCAAGAGGGAGUUCGACGAGGAGAGUGGGCCGAGCAGUGAUGCCAACACGCCGGCUAGUUUUGCUGGUGCCGACGGAAGAGACAGUAAGAGGGUGAAAUUCGAGAACGGCACCUCUCUGGCGCAUGUUAAGAUUGAGCCUGGUGACUCUGUGGUAAAGACAGAAGCGGACGGGGACGGGGACUCGGAUGAGGAUGAAGAUUUCGAAGAUGCCAUUUAA